AAGCAAACAAAAAGGAAUACGAUUUAAUGUUUAAGACCUUAUUCUUUCGCAGAGACCUGUUUUGAAGGUUGGGUGUCCGUGAAAACGGUUGUGUGAAAAUGUGAAGUGUAAAUAGAUAACAGUGAUUGAACGUGUUUUUGAAGAUUACGCUGCGUUAUUUGAAAUUUCCAUUGAAUUUCUAUUGUAACAGAAAAAGAAAUAUUCUCUUCAUUGAAAGUGAAAGAUGGACUGAAGCAGUAGAAUGGCUGCUGGUCGGGCCAUUUUAGAGAAUGGAGGAGGACAUAGAUAUCAUUGGUAAUAAUGAGGGGGAUACCAACACAGACACCAUCACAGGGGGGAGCCACUUCAGCAACCUCCAGCUCAGCUUUACGAACCACGAGAAGGACGGCUCACUCCAUGCACUACAGACGGCAUACAGUGAGGUGAAGAAACGCCUGCAGGAACAGGUCAAUAAAAAUGCAGUUUUACAGACUUCGAUUCGGGAAAUUGAGAUGCAGCGUAUUUCAGGGGGACGUCCAAACUCGGGAGUGUUUGGUGCGGCAGGCCCGCCCAGUGAACCUGAGCAGGACCUACAGGCGCAGUAUAGAGCCGAGUUCGGAUUUGCGCAGAGUUUAGAACGGCAGGUUAUUCGGGCCAAGAGUACUAUUUCAAAACUUGAAAGUGAUAAUAAACUUUUAAUGAAGAAACUUACACAGCAAGAGGAAGAGUUGAAGCAGUGCAAAGCUAGAGAGUUUGAGACUAGGAAAGAAAAUGAAAGACUUCGAGUACAGCUUAAUAACAAUCAAGGUCAAACUCAGGAACACAGUGUGUUGCGUGCUGAAAUACAAAAGAAAGAUGGGGAGAUUUGGAAUCUGCAAGAGGAGAUUCGGAAUCUGCGAGAGCUGUUAAAGGGCCAAGGGACAGAAAUACCCUCCCUGAAUUCCAUCACUCAAGAAGAGGGGGUGAGAAUUAUAGAUCAGGUGGAGAGAUACAGUGCCACAAUAAAAAACCUAAAGGAACAAGUCAAGGUCCAAGGGCAAAUGUUAGGCAAGCAGAAGGACGCAAUUAAAAAACUCAUAGAGAGUGCCAAAUCCACCAGUCUGAGUUCCAGCACUUCCCGCUAUGCAGCAGAGGGGGCCUCAUUUUAUCCAACACACUAUGAGACUGAACAGGCACAGAAAGCUACCGAAUAUCCCAAUCCGACGAUGGAUUUGUACGCAGAAAGGAAACCACUACUUGUCUCUAACUUCCCCACAUUGCAGACUAUGCCACCGGCUGAUACCUCACAGACAUUGAAGGAACAUUUUCAUCAGCUGAAUUUUACAAAACCAGACCCAGAUAAAAGACUUUUCAGAGGACCCACUGAGAGUGAGUACAAUGUUCCAGGCACGGGAUACCCCAACAUGUGUACACCGUCUGUACUCACCGAAAGCAAGAACUCUAGAACCACUGUGGUGGGUGGGUUAUCAAGAGGGGGUAACAUUGAGGAAACAUAUCCGCUCGCAGGUAAAGGUGUCAACAUUUCUAUGAAAAAACCAGCUUCCACACAGGAUUUCAGCAUGUAUGAAAAUCUAGACAUGCUAACGGAGAUGGGAAACGGUGAAAGGGUCCAAACAAGUGAGGAUCAAACAAUGCAAUACACACCUAGCCCUGGAAACCAUCUUUUUAAUCUGGAAGACAGUGACUAUGUGAAUCUAAAAGAUGUACACCCUGGUCGUGGUGCAAGUAAUUUCCCUGUGAUAUCACCGAAUGUGAAGGUUGUUCCAUCGUCAGACGAUAAAAAGAAGCUGCAUAGACAGCCUCAGGAGCAUGGAACGAUGGGGGGGAAUUCCCCUCCACAGUCUGUGAUUAGACCUCUCUCCACCCAAGUCAAGGGUGAGGAGAGAGACAGAAGAAACAAAGUGAAUGUCCAGUCUUCUCUAGGGCGGGUCCCACAGGAAAACCCACAGGAAAUACCCUUGAAGCCAGAGAUACGCACUGUGCCCGGAAGUUCUGCAACUCGACCCAAACAGGUUGUUCAAAAGACUCCAUCUGGAAACUCCCAGAUUUGUCCAGUUUGUGGGCAGGACUUUGUUAAUAUUAGUAUGGAGAACUUUCAAAUGCAUGUGUUUCACUGUAUGGAUAAUGAUGGAUCAGAAGAUUGCACCACUCUGCAUAAUGUUUCGCCUACAAACCAGAAGUCAAGUAAAGAUGUGCGGAUCUGUCCAAUGUGUGAUGCUAGUUAUCCCUCGGAAAUGCAGUCCGAGUUUGAAAGUCAUGUGCAAGAACACUUUGGGGAAGAACCAAUCAUCGACAAAUUUGAAAUUUUACGCCACUGAUGUUUUAUUUAAGAAUUAAUCAUUUAAAUGAUUUAAAUUAAAUACCUAGGUAAAAUAAAAAUGAAUUAAGGUCAAGAUUUAGUAAAUAAAAGGUGCCUACAGGUUUAUAAAAUUCAAGAUAUAAAUUCUUUUAAUGAUGCUUAUAACAAUAUUUUUGCUUCAUAGGGUGUACCGGAGCUUAACUUUUUUAUAAAAACGUUGAAAAAUCAUGUUUUAAACAACAAUUUUCUAUGAAAUAUGAAGGAAAAGUAACAAAUCUCGGAGUUUUGUCUAUUUUUGACUAAUGAAAUAUAUCUAGAUUGCCUACAGUUUCUCCUAAAAAUGGCAUUAAACAGGCUCUUGACCUUCUCUUUAAAAUGAUUUCAAAUUGAACAUAGGUACCGGGAUUACUUUUCCUGUGAUUAAAUAAAGAAUGUCAAAAUAUUGUUUUAUUUUCUACAUAAUUCCUUUAAAGCCAUAAAAUACGGGAAAAGAUUCAUCAAAUCAAUUAUGAUGUCACAAUGGUUCUAGCACCAAAAAGACACUCUGGAAUCGUUUACUAGGUCUUGACCUUAUGACUUCAACGUCGGUACACGCUAUCAAAGAUUUUGUUAUGAAGCAUCAUUAAGAGAAUUUAUAUCUUGGAAUUUCAUAAACCUGUAAGCACCUUUCAUUUACUAGAUCUUGACCUUAAGGUUGAAUUCUGUCAUUAACGGUGUUUUAGUGUUCUGAAUUUAGAAGCUUUUAUGUUAUUUAUAUGUGAAUGUGUCUGUGUGAAUGUGUUGGUUGAUAGGUGUUGGAUCUAUUUUACUUUAAAAUUCAAUAAUUUGUGCUAUAAUAUUGAUUUAUUAUACGUUUGAAAUAAUCUACAAUAUCAACUCUUUAUAUUUUUUUUCUAAGGGAUUGAAAAAAUAAUUUUAAAAUUGUUUUUUAUUUUCUUAAAUCAAAGUAUGAUAGCUAAUGCUUGACUGUGUUAAAUUACUUUAAAUGAAUCUACAACUGAGAAUUUUUUUUAACUUCAGCAAAUUGUUAUAAUAAAAUUUCAUGAAAUACA